GAAAUCAUAAUUCUUCUUCUAAAAAAUAUUCUUCUUUUCUCUGCUAUUGUUUUACAAAGACGAUCGUCUAGCACGAGAGACCGUGAAAUUGAUGAUCCAUAUAUAUCGCCGACCUGUACCAACGCCAAUAUCUCGGAUGCAUCUUCUAUUUCUUCUCUAUCGUCGUCGAAAGCUCUCACUGAGGAUUCAUCGGGAUUUGAGCUUCAACAAAACCCACAAUGGUUUCGUAUCCUGCUACCACAUAGACGAUUUCCCUGGCUGUAGAAGCCAACGGCUCCGAGGCUAUUUCGAUAUCGUAUCAGGAUUGGGCUGGAUCUUCCUAGACCUCACAGCCACAACGCUUGCCAUAGGGUCCCAAAUCAAAAGCUUCGUCAGAUCUACUCGCAACCACGCUCACAAAAAAAGUCAUCAAAAAUCAAAACCCAAAACAAAGAGAUCUAUGGAAUUCUACAUGAUUCGUUACAGGUUUGAGUUGAAAUCAAGAAUAGCUACUCUUUUACUUUGAUUUUACAUGUCUCUCGUUUAAUCUUCCUCUCAAUCGAUCUAUUUGGAGACAUUUCUACUUCUAUCUAUGUUUUGAUUCAUACGGUUUAGUCUUCCUCCUAUGUAUCCCUCAAACAUAUUUUUACGAAUCUUAAUUUGAUUGUUGUUAUUUGA